AUGGCCACCGACCAGGCGACGAAUAAUGAAAUGGUGCCCAAAGAAUUGAAAGGAGGUGCAACGACGGAGCAGGACUACAAUACCCUGGACGACGACGACCACCACGACUUCCUUAGUCCUGAAGCAAUGACGACGGCGAUGGCGAGAGGCAAGGGCUCGACUUCCAAGGGCGGUUCGAGUGCCUCGCUAGCCAGGCGAUCCGAUCCGAUCCGGCCCGGCGUUGUUGGAUGCAGGCACUCGAGUCCUGGCGUGGUCCUCCUCAAAUGCAGCGGCAGCGCGGCCGAAGACGAGGAGAGGUCUGACCGACCGACAGUGUUGCAUGGCGACUGA